AUGUCCACCGCACACUCCCACUCCCACUUCCCCCCUCCCCCAGGUCCAUCCUCCCAACCAUCCUCAAACCCAAACCCACAACAACAACAACAACAACAACAACCACCACAAACCCAACGCUCCCAAUCCUACGCCCCCUCCAACGCCAUGAUCCCCCACCCCCAACACCCACGCUCCUCCUCCUACCAAGGCCCCUACACCCCCGCAUCCACAACCCUCGCUCCUUACCACCCCCCUCCUCAGUCGCAAUCACAGGGCGUGUACUACGCACCCGCCCCGGCUCCUCCCUCAGACUACGACUACGACUACGACUACGGGUACGAGGGGUACGGAGAGCAGAGGCCCCAACAGUCGCGACGGGCGUCGAGGAGGGAGAGGAGGGAGCGGGAGGAGGAGGAGAGGGAGAGGGAUAGGGAGUUGGAGAAGAGGCCGUCGUUCGGGGAUACGCUGAGUUUGGUUUGGAGUUCUGUUGUUGGGGCUGUCACGGGGAGGAGAAGAUGA